GCCACAGCGAGUCACGUGACUAUUUCCCAAGCGGAGUUUCCACGACAGCUGGAAGCCGAGCGGCAUAGACGCAUCGCUUCUUUGCUAAAAUUAUCGGAAAUAACACGACUUCUGCUCGUCUCAACACCUCCAGAUAAACCCUGGUCUGGCAUGGGCGACAAGAGGAGUCCCACAAGGCCGAAGCGUCAACCGAAGCCCUCCUCCGACGAGGGGUUUUGGGACUGCAGCGUGUGCACGUACAAGAACACGGCAGAAGCUUUUAAGUGCAUGAUGUGUGAUGUCAGGAAGGGGACAUCAACGAGGAAGCCUCGUCCCGUCUCCCAGCUUGUCUCGCAGCAGCAGGUAACGCAGCAGUUUGUGUUGCCCUCACAGCCCAAAAAGGAAAAGAAGGAGAGAGCAGAGAGGGAGAAGAGCGACAGAGAGCCGGCGCUCAAGAAGAACAGUCACAAGAAGAUGAGGCCGAGGUUAAAAAACAUCGACCGGAGCAGCGCCCAGCACCUGGAGGUGACGGUUGGGGACCUGACAGUCAUCAUAACGGACUUUAAGGAGAAGGCCAAACCCUCAUCCACCUCGGCUACGUCAUCCAGCGCCGCAUCCACGGCUGACCACCACAGCCAGAACGGCUCCAGCUCAGAAAACACAGAGAAGGGGCUUUCUCGCUCCUCCUCACCACGAGGAGAAGGGAGCUCAGUCAACGGGGAGUCCCACUGAGCCACCCCGUCAAAAUCUACCCCGGCCUCCAACCACAUCUCAUCUGCAAGUCCACAGGUCCCUGGUGGAGCAUCCUUCCCCUACAGCUGUACAAUACUGACUAAAACACUUUUUGCUGUCUUUCUUUUGGAUAUUUCAAUAGGAAUUUAUUUAUCACAGUUGCCAACAAAUCCGACUUGGUGAGUUUAUUCAGUUUUAAGAGUCUCAGUACUGCUGGAAUUCUGCAUUUAGAAAGCAAUAUGAGACACCUUUUGCCCAAUCUUUGAAGUGAUCUACAUGUCCACUUGGCCAUUUGAUGCAAACUGAAAGGAUCCCAGACCCUGUCUAAAGUUACUAGAACUCACUACUAGAAUAUUUACUGGGACAGUUUUAUUCUGACAAAGAACUUCUUCAGGACUGGUCUGAGAUAUGUCUGAAUAAAUGUUUGGACAAGCUUUAUGGUCUUGUGCGGUUUCCUGUAGAUGCACCUGAAUAUCAAGGUGCCUUUUUCUUUUUUCUUUUUAUAGAUUUUUAGUUAAAUGUGCAGCCCCACCCUUCAUCUUCAUUGGCCGGCAGAGCGACUUCUUCUUCCCCCAUGUGGAAACUUUACUGACCCAAUAUAAACCUGAACCAAGUAUUACGCACCCCCCACACUGAACCUCCAGCCUCACAGUGAACCUUCGCUCCUGAACUCGAGACUCCAGGCUUUUACUUUUGGACUGCCUCUGCUGAAGAGUGACUUUUUUGGCACAGCAUAGCAGCUGUAUCGCAACUGGCACCAUUUGGUGUUUUUGCGUAAUGUUUGGAGCAGGUUGUUCAGUUCAGGUAAUGUUAUGUUAUGUCACUAUAAAGACACAAGGCAGGUUUUAAUAGAAGCCCUCUUUGAAAAUGGUGCAGGAAGGACAAUGCUGGUGUUUUUGUUUUCUUUUUCCAGUGUUACUCCUCAUUUGCGUUAUUCGUGCUUUGUUCGUAAACAGUCAACCAAGUUGCAGAUACAGUCAACAUUUUGUUUUUCUACCUUUGCAGCCAUUUUUCAUUUUUCAGUAUAUAAACAACCACAAACCUGCAUUAAGAAUCGAAAUAAUUUGAGUAAUGUGAAAAGCUGAAUAUGAAGAGAAUUAGCAACUUUCCAGCUAUAUGCAGCGUUUAAUCUCGUUGCUUUGGUUUUCUGACCCUCGCAUACAUCAACCUCAGAUCAACCAUGUCUGGCAAACCAGUUCAGACAACCGGUUGUAAACAGCAAAUGCAGUCAUAACUAUUAACAAAUUUCGUCAUUUCAUCAUGUGUCAGCUGGGCGUGCUUUUAUUUUCUCCACCAUGCCAGGUUUACGACAGUAAAGUUUAUUUCAGAGACGCAAAAAGAAAAGCAGAUCGCACGACUGAGGAAUUGCCUGCUAAAUGUAGAGGGUGGUCUAAGAGACUGUAGCUGUAAAUGACACGGUAUUCUCCUUUAAAUAUCUGCUGCACAUGCUCAGUGUGGGGAAACCAGAGUGCACGCAUACUGUUUCCGCUCCCACAGUGGACCCAGUGUGGAUACAGCACAGUGCUUGAACAACAGAGAAGAGCUUUGACUUCUGGACUUGCACAUUCAUUCAGCUGUAUAGGUGAUGCCGUGUGGUGUGAUGGACUUCAGAAACUGUUUAAAUUCCUCCAUUUUGAUGUAGCAAAGUGGGGGUGGCUUUAGGAACUACUAAACUCCCAGCAGAACAAAUAUAGAUCAUCUUAUCUACACAAUAACUUAUAAAACCUGUAGAAUACUACACAGAUGAAAUGGAUAUUUCUAAAAUAUUGUACUGCAAUGUUUUGAUGUGGUUGUAUAAUCCAUCAUACCAGUGUUAUUGUCGAGAUUUUUACUUUAACAUUUUAGCACAGAUCCUGAAAACUGUCAUGGCAUGAUAAUAUUAUGGUCUCGGUGUGUUUAGGGACAGGCUAUGUCUCUUAGUUUGGAUCGUUGAACGUGUCAGAGACAUACUCUCGACGGUUCACCACCCUAGCUGGGACUAGGUGUGUGGACUCAUGGGAACUGUUUGGACAGACAUUUAUUUGGUUGUGAUAAAAAUGGAAAGACACUUAAAACUAUGUUCGUGUCACUUGUUGAUAUUUUUUGUUUUGCUUUGCCAUGCUCAGUUGUUUUAAAAUGUGUGAACUUGUUUAUUACCUGUCUGAAUAAGAAAAUAGGAAAACACAAACAAAGAAAUGUGUCUUCUUCUGCACAGUUUCACUUUCAUGCAGGAGCCGCCAUACUUUGUAUUUUCACUGGUUCACUGAUCUGUUUUUAGCUCCUCGUGUUCAUUUUCAGCACAGAACCUGUAGAUCCACAGUUUAUUCAGAUUGUGCAUAGCCACUUGAAUGUAAUAGGCAAGUCAAAAAGCUUAUGACAUAAUUAUAUAUGCAUAUUAUAGUGAUAGGGUAUGGUUUUUAAACUAAUUAUUUCACCAGAGUGCGUGAAUUAACUUUCCCACACUAAAUGAAAAUGCAGUUGACGUUCAGGUCUAUUGUCUAGUGGAGGCACCUCAAUAAAGACGACUAGUCACUUAAA